GUCAAGGGUCAUCUCGAGAUUGCGCGCUUGCUGCUGAACGCUGGUGCUGACAAGAACUCGCACAACCGAAAAGCCCAAACGGCUCUUAUGCAUGCAUCUUUCCAGGGCCACAUCGAUAUUGUGCGUUUGCUGCUGGACGCUGGUGCCGACAAGAGCCUGAGGGACGUGUCUGGCACGACCGCACUCAUACAUGCAUCUUACGUGGGCCACAUCGACAUUGUGCGCUUGCUGCUGAACGCGGGUGCCGACGCACACUUGCGGUGCAGGCGGCUGUCAUGGACGCAUAUUUUCAGGGCCAAGUCGCGAGUGUCCGGUUGCUGCCGGACACUAGUGCCGACCUCUUGA